AACAUUGUCUGAAACCCCUCAACCACAGAAGAAGAGAAGCUGAGCGCUAGGCUGCAUAGCCGAUAGCAAAAACGAAGAUUGUUAAUAGCCAUCUAACCUAUUUUAGAAUUAACCGCCAUGGAGUUGUCUGAAAUACUGUACAACAAAGCAGAGUAUAUCGAAACGGCUUCUGGAAACAAAGUGAGCAGACAGUCGGUGCUGUGUGGGAGUCAAAACAUCGUCCUAAAUGGCAAAACUAUAGUGAUGAAUGACUGUAUCAUCAGGGGAGACCUCGCUAACGUCAGAGUAGGCAGACACUGUGUUGUGAAGAGUCGGAGUGUCAUUCGACCACCUUUUAAAAAGUUUAGCAAAGGUGUAGCAUUCUUUCCACUUCAUAUCGGGGACCACGUCUUCAUCGAGGAGGACUGCGUGGUCAAUGCCGCACAGAUCGGUUCCUAUGUCCACAUUGGCAAAAACUGUGUCAUAGGUCGGCGCUGUGUGCUAAAGGAUUGCUGUAAGAUUUUAGACAACACCGUCCUUCCUCCUGAGACUGUGGUGCCACCUUUCACUGUAUUUUCUGGAUGUCCAGGUCUGUUUUCUGGAGAGCUCCCAGAGUGCACACAGGACUUGAUGAUUGACGUAACCAAGAGCUACUACCAGAAGUUCCUGCCCCUUAGCCAGAUCUGAGUUCUGCCACAAAACCUCUAGCUGCACGUCAGGAUUUAUAAUGAGACAAAUGGUCUUGAAGAGUUUACUUUCCAACCGUUAUCUUCCAGAGACCCUGAGUUUCAAUGCUCAAGGAAAUAUAGUUGUUGUAUAUUUGGAGCUCUUUGUUUUUUAAGUUGUUGUGCAUGGGGAAAAAAGUGCAUAAUAAAUUUAAUGUAAUUGUGACUUUAUGGUUACUGCUCCAAAUUACAAAAAUCUUGAAAUCCUACUAAAUGGCCACAUCAGACUGUACUUUGAAGUCGAGAAUUAGGUAGGCCUAUACAGACACUUUUUCUUGGUCACAGUGUAAUAGAAAAAGUGUACGACUGCUAUGAAAGCCGAUUUGUAGCAGAAUUGACAGUCUUUAGUAGAUGUACUAGAAUUGGUAAGGGUAAAGCAAAAUGUGGUUUGAUAUCAGACUUCCACGGACCAAAACAGCAACCACAAGCAUUGUUCAAAUCCACAGUUCAUCUGGGUAACAGGCAUGACCAAUGAAGAAUCUUGUUUUAGCCUUUAUCAUUUUUUUUUCAAUGUUAACAGAUGCUUGAUUUUUUUUCUUUUCUAGCCUGUGUAAUGUAAACAUUUUUACAUUUUUAUUACAUGGGCCAGAAAUGUAUUUAAUUGUACCUUAUAUUUCAAAUAGCUCUACAGGAGUGUUUAUUUGAAUUGUAUUUACAGGACAACUUGUUGCUUUUCGAUUGUUAGCAUAAAAAAACAAAUCCGGUAUCUCAGUGCAGCAAAUAAAUAUAUAUGCUUAAAAAUCC